AUGAAACGAAAGCAACCCCGUUGGACAGCUGGCUCCAUGGCUGAUGUUUCACAACCAGCAUCUACUACUAAUCAGUCACAUCCUCAGCCCCAGCCUCCACCACAACCGCAGUCAGAAUCACAGUCGCAACCACUACAACCUCUUUGCAACAAUAUGACUCCAACCGUGAGCUCUUCCCAACAAAGUAAUCAUGAAUUGCAGUCAUCAAGUGGAGCAGUUUCAAUAGCUACCAGCACGGGUCAAUCAACAAUUAGACAGACAAGAGGGCCUGGUCGUCCUUUUACUAGAUGGGGCACGGGACAAAAGUUAAAGGUUACAUUAAAUGAAGAGAAUCAACCUAUUGGCGAUGAAGCUGCAAAAUUACAAAGUCAGUUAGGCAUUCUAGCCCGGAAUAGGAAUUUUGCACCAUUAACUUUCAAUGAUUGGAGAGCUCCACAGUUAAACCCCUAUAAAGAACGUAUAUGGCUGGAAGUUAAGGACAACACUGAUGCACCAGAUAUUUUCAAGUAUAAUUGCUUGAUGUCAGUUGGAAAGAAAUGGAAAGACUGGAAAGACCAACUGAAAAGAAAGCACUUCAACAAGUACAAAACUAAUGAAGAACGCUUAGUAAAUUGUCCCGAUAGGGUGGAUCCUAGUCAAUGGAAGAUUCUCGUUGAAUUUUGGAAUAGUCUAGAGGCACAGGAACGCAGUACAAUUAACAGUGACAAUCGAAAAAAAUUGACAAUGUCCCAUACAAGUGAGAGAAAGGCCCAUUGUCGGGUAAAGGAUGAGAUGUAUAAAAGAGAUAAGGUGCAACCCGAUCGGAUAAUGGUCUACAUAAAGACACACACAAAGAAGAAUGGAGAUCCAGUUGAUGAGGCAUCAGAUGUAGCCAUUUCUCAUUUGAAAGAGGGAUUGUCUCAAGUGCCCGAGUCCUUACAAACUGAAAAAUUUCGAGAGGAACUAUUCACUGAGGUCUUCGGAGUAGAUGGGCAUGGUCGUGUACGUACCUAUGGAUUGGGACCUUGCCCAUCUCAGGUGUUUGGGACAAGAUAUUCUGGACCUCGACAACGUAUAGACAUGGAUAAAUUGCGCACAAAGGUACGAGAAGAGGUGCGACAGGAAUUAUUAGCUGAGUGGGGUGAAAGGUUUACUCAGUUAGAGCGCAAGUGUGACAAAAUGCAAGCUCAUGUGGAAACUAUGGGAUAUCCAAUGCCUCAAUCACCAUCAAUGACUUCACAUAUUGAAGGGAAUGGUUCCAGACCAUCAUUCAAUAUGCAAUAG